AAACCGUCAGUCAGUGCAGACCAGCGCUCGAAUCGUUUCGCUGGUUCCCUACCGUUCCGUUUACCAUCCACUCAAACACGUUACCCGCCGUCGCAUUAAUAUUUUCAAAUCGAAAUUGUUUAUCAUAAAGGUAUAUAUAAUUUUUUUCACGUUUUGUUUUCGUGUUCCGUGUUCUAGAUCAAAAACAAAAGAAAAAAGAAAAUAAUAAUAAGACAAAAAAAAAAAUUGAAGAAAAUACGGUUAAACGACAUGGUCGUCUGGUCCCAGUGUUUCGUAUUAAUAAUAGGCCGAGAAUGUCCCUUGGGCACAGCUCCAACGUGAAGCCGCCACCGUUGUUUUCGUAUUUAUCAUAACACAAUAUCUAGAUUUUCGUUUAAAAUAAAUAAAUAAAAAUAAAAUAUACGAAUUACGUAUGUAUACGUAGACUGCAGUAUAUUAUACCCGAUACACCUACACCUAUGGUAUAUAUAUAUAAUAUAAUACAGUAUAUUCGCAUAUAUCCGUAAUAUUAUAAUAUAUACAUCCGAAUCACCGACAAGUCACUCGGACGUUGAAUAUUGUUUUCUUCUUUGAUAAAAAUUUAAUAUUAAAAUAUUAAAAACGAAAUCGUGUGGUUGGUUAUUGGAGCUGUAUUUACGUUGUAACGCGAGCGCAAUUACUACUACUACUACAACUGCUUAUAAUAGUCGUCAUUCGAACCGAAAUUCAGCGAAUCUGAUGCAUGGAUACGUUGACCAGAAACAUGCCGUCCAAAAAGCAGUACAACCUCGUGCCCAACGAUGAUUACGACACUAGAAUACCUAUGCAUCCGGAAGAGGCGUUCGAGCACGGUAUUACAUUCCACGCCAAGUUCAUUGGAUCUCUGGAUGUUCCCAGGCCAGUGAACCGGGUCGAAAUAGUGGCAGCCAUGAGGCGGAUUAGAUAUGAGUUUAAAGCUAAGGGAAUAAAGAAGAAAAAAGUAUCCAUAGAAGUUUCCGUCGAAGGGGUCCGUAUUACUUUAAGAAAGAAAAAAAAGAAAAAACAAUGGACGGACGAGAAUAACCUGCUUCUAAUGCAACAUCCUAUUUAUAGAAUAUUUUACGUUUCUCACGAUUCUCAAGACAUGAAAAUAUUCAGUUACAUAGCUAGAGAUGGUUCCACCAACGUGUUCAAGUGUAAUGUGUUCAAGGCAAAUAAAAAGAGCCAAGCGAUGCGAGUGGUGCGGACGGUGGGCCAAGCGUUCGAAGUGUGCCACAGAGUCAACCCGUCCGAAGACGGCGGCGACAGGGACGACGAGGACGGGUCGACGUCGUUCAGACGUCGCGACGACGACGAUGACGACGACGACGACUGCGACGACGACGACGACGACGAUCGCCGAGGAGACGAUUCGGGCGACGAAGACGACGAGGCGGACGACGGUUCCGUGUCGAAACGAGACACAUUCGAAAACCAAGGUAGACUGGAAACAUCUGUCGGAAACGAUUCUGUUUCAUCAUUGGACGGAGCUAGAAGGGACGGAGGCCCCAAUGACACACAACGUCCUUUACGACUAGAUAUCAUUCCACCGCCAUCGGCUUCGUCAGUCAACCACAGACGUUCCUCGCCAAUGAACGGCAGUGAAGUAUUUAGCUCCCCAAUGACUGAAUCAUCAAAAGGCGACGGUGUCCCGUUGUCCUCUUUGAGCGUACAACAUGAAAUGCAAUUAUUACGCCAGCAACUAGACCAGCAAACGCAUCAGACACAAGCUGCAGUGGCUCAAGUGCACAUGCUCAGGGACCAGUUGGCGGCCGAAACCACCGCCAGGAUGGAAGCUCAGGCGAGAACACACCAACUUUUGGUGCACAACAAGGAACUGCUGGAUCAUAUCGCCUCGUUGGUGUCAUUGCUGCACGACCAGGAAAGGAUCAGAAGUGAAAUGCAACAUCAUUCGCUUCCCCCGCAUCCCAUGAUGUGCGACUUGCCGACGCCAUCGUCCGCACCGGCGUCUUACCUGCCGGAAUUGCCGCCGCCAUCGCCUCGGCACAGGGCCCCGGCGUACCACAUGCCUAUGAACUUCGACUUCAACUUCAGUCAGCCCGCGCCGACGGUCGACCAACAGUUUCAAGCGCAGCUGUUGCAGCGGCUCCAGUCGCUGACCGGCACGAUAGCGGCGAACAAUGCGUCCGCCGCGGGCCCGUACCAACAACAGCGACCCGCGGCGUACCAGCCACACCUGUACGCGCCGUCCGCGCACCAGCAACAGCCGUCCACGUCGCCAACGCACAUCAACUGCAGGCCGUUGUCGCAGUCGUCAUACUCGGCGUCACCAGUGGCCGGCCGGUCCACGUCUGGCGUCGACUGUUGCGGCACCACGAACGACGGCAUCAUCAAGCCACUGUCGGACGACCGGCAGGUGACUGUGGUGGUGGUCGACGACCGUACCGCCAGCGAACCGUCACCGCCGUCGCCGCACCACCCCGAACCGCCGGAACCGUCAACGGUGCUAUCGCCGCCGCCGCCCGGCAAGCAGCAAAAAUCGUUGCUAAAAGUGUCGUCGUCGUCGUCGUCGUCGCCGGGCAGUGGUGCCAGCCGAGCGGCCGCUAAAAAGACCGCGUCCGUGGUGGGCAACGGCCCGAUAACGAGGUCGACCAGCGAAAAGGUGCCCAACAAAAGCAAUCUGAUGAGCCAAGUUCACAGGACCACCUGGGCCCGGCACACCACGAAAUAGAUCGGUCCGGGAAAUCCGCGCACGUUGUAACUGUGUUUUUUUCACCGGCCGAGUGCAAUAUUAUAUAUAUAUAUAUAAUGUGUGUAUGCAUAUUCACGUCUACUCUUACGCGUACAAAAAUGCAAUAAACCACAUUGAGUUUAGGUCAGAUAUUAUCGUUUAUCACGUAAGCAGUUGGUUAUGUAUAUAUGUAUACACCCGUUGAUUUUUUUUUAUAGCAAACCACUCAUAAUUUCAAAAACAAUUAACGUUUAUGAAAAUAUUUUUUUUACACAACUGUGAGUAAUAAAAAGACUAAAAUGUUAUGAAAAAUGAUUUUUUUACUAGUUUUUAUGGUUAUAAUUUAAUUUUAUAUUCCUAAGCAAAAUAUUAUCCGGAGUAUUUCGGUGUAAAAAUCAAAUUUUUGACGAAUAAUAAUUUAUGGGUUAUUAUAAGUAUUUAGACAAGCGGAGUAAUGGAACAACAUUUUAAUCUCUAGAUAUAAAAAUACAGCGAGUAAUAUUCUGCUUUAGAAUAUGAAAUUAAAAAUGUAUGUUAUCAUACAAGAAGUAAAAACUUAAAAAAAAUGACAUUGAUAAAAAAUGGUAAAAAUAUAAUUUUUUUUUGAAAAUUUUUGUUUUUGAAACAAUGAAUGAUCAAUAAUCAAAAAAAAUCACUCUGUAUGUGUGUAUAUAUAUAUUUAUAUGCGUAUGUAUAUGUUAAAUGUUUACAUAAUAUGUGUAUGUGAACGGGAUGUCGGCAACGUCGAUUUUCACGGGACUGUAUAAUAAUAUAUUAAUAUUAUUAUUAUUAUUAUUACGGUCAUAAGACUUCAAACGUGACAUUAUAGUAAUUAUUAUAAUAUUUAUUCGGUCGCGAAAACGUUUUGUAACGUCGUCGUCGACGAUAUUAUAUUAUUAUUACUCCGACGAAACCGAUAUUGCGUUUUUGUUAUGUAUCAUAAUAUAUUAUUAUUACUAUUUCCCGCUAUGCCAAUUCGUGACUGUUGAAUUUUUAUAAUAUAACAUAAAAUAAAAAAAUAUUUUGAUACAAAAAUGAAUUAUCAAUUGUUUGUUUUAGUUUUGUUAUGUUGAAAUUAUAUUAUUUGAUUUUACUAUACCUACUAUAUUAUAAUAUUAUACUAUUUUCGGGACGUCUGGGUUCUGAUCACUGUCUAUUUUCAUAUAUUUUUUUAUGCCGUUUACGAAUGCCCAUCGACAGAGUCGAGUCGAUCAAUAUUUAAUGGCAUAGCAUUAUAAUAUUAUACUAUUAAAAACGUAUGGCAUAUUUACUUACUUCUUAUAUAUAGUACGAAAUCGAAAAUGUCUGGAAUAUGGUAAACCAAGAUUAGUACCUAGUUAUAAUGUAUGAGAUAUUUUACGAAAUACACUUCAACAAAUGGUUUGUUCAUCAGUUGACGGUAUUCGAGGCUUUAUAAUAAUAUUAUUGGUAUAAUAUAACGUGUCGUCAAUGUUUGUACGAACUACUAUCAAAUAAAGUCAUAAUAUGUACUCUACGACAGACUGACUAUUUUAUUAAUGUUUUAAUCUUAUUGGAAUUGUAUUGUUGUUAUUACCUAUGUUAAGCCAUGUAUAUGAUUAUGAAUAUGAAAUGAAGAGUACAUUAUUUUUUAAAUAAAUUUAAUAUUUGUAU